AUGUCUAGUCUCGCCUCUACUUCUACAGUAGUAACGGCAAACAACAUCUAUACAGAAAUUGCUCGCCUCGAUUCACUCAAGAAAACAAAACGACUUGAAUCCAAUCGAAAACAUUUGGAAGUUGUUGAAGACAAUGUUCAAAAUUAUGAGGUCUUUCCAAGAACUGUGGAUGAACUUAAGGUCGUGUUAAAGGAGGAAUGGGAGAAACUUGAUGUCUCUGUUUUUGAAGAGAUUAUUGCCUCAAUGCCAAGGAUUGAUGCAGUAUUAAAAGCAAAUGGAGCGCCGAGAAAAUAUAGUUUUUUAUUCAAUGUAUAA